CCAAACGCCACAGAAACCGCAAGAGAAGAAAAACUUUAAAGAGAAGAGGAAGAAGCAAAGGGAGGAGGUAGCCAAAGAAGAAUAUCAAAAUACACUCAAAUGCUUUCAUUUGUUAUCUUAUUUUGAGAAAACAUAUAAUUCUCCAACCUUUCGAACCACUACUACGUUUGGUUCACGUCGCUUGGUCCAGAGAAUGAAUCCGUUCAUCGUAUCCUCCACAAGCUCACCUCCUCCUGUUGCUAAUCAUCUCGCGGCGAAGCGAAAGAGAGGCCGUCCACGUAAGGAUGCAUCCAUGACCCAGCCAGAAAGUUCUCGAGGGACGACUCCAAAGGAGGUCGUUAAUCUGGUUGGUAAGACUGUGUCUGGUGUGGUCGAAGGAUCUUUCGAAGCCGGGUUCAUGAUUAAUGUGAAGGUGAAAGACAGUGACAAGAGACUGAGAGGUCUUGUGUUCGCACGUGGGAAAGUCGUUCCUGUGACUCCAGAAAACGACGUGGCUCCUCAUGUCAAAAUGAUCGUAAGAGAAGAGAUCAAGAAUCAGACAGAUGAUCGUGAUCAAUCUCCUAAUGAUCAGACAGUGAAAGAUGCUGUCGCUGACUCGGAGAUGUCUGAAUGUGCACGAGCAUUGUUUUUACUGCCACAUGGAAUAAAUGGAGAAGACCCCAAGGAAGUUACGGAAGAAAGAGAAGCUGCUACUUGUUUGGUGGAGUUUUUUCAAACUCCAGAGACGACCACAGUGACUGCUCAACAUAGUCUUGUCAUGGCACGGAAAGAGACCAACGAGCAACAUAGAUCUCCUGGUGAGGCUCGUGGGUUUGAUCUUACGGCGGAGGAACCGUUUCAUCCGGUAGAGGAAGUACCGCCAGAGCUUCAGCUUGGACUUGGGAACAAGACAAUAUUGAGGGGAGACGACAACAAAAACAGCACCGCAAUGGAGAUAGAUCCUAAAAGCUCUGUGUCCAGGAAUGGCUUCAUAGCGAACUUGUUUAAAGGAAAAGAAAAGGUCGACUAUUAGUUUAAAACUCUCUCUUUUAUAUUUCAGACUCUUCAAUACAUUCCUUCUCUCUUUUGUUUCAGUACUUUGUAUUAUCAGACUUCAGUGUUUGUUGUAAAACUUUUUUCUUCUUGUUAUAAAAACAUCUGUUUCU